AUCUUGCGCAUAUGUCUUUGAGAAUAUGAUAGCGAAGUGAGCCGGUUUAAACUCGUUAAAACUCAUUGGCCUGAGUCAUAAAAGAUCAGAGAAUCGUCUUGUGUCGUGCGUAUUCAGUGCUUAAAGUUAGUGUUGAGAAUCAUAGUUUUAAAAAAUUAUUAUAAAGAACAUUUUCAUUUAUUUAUCGAAAAUUUGCAUAAUGGAAAUAAAAAUCGAUGAGAAUAUUUUUGAGAAAAUACUUCGAAAGAAAUUAUCGAACGAGAUCGUUCAAAUUCUGGAAAUUAAACGUUAUUGUAUGUCAGAAAAAGGAUUAAAUUUUCUCAGUGAUUUAUAUAUAAUGCAUGUGAGAUAUAUGGUUAUUUCUAACAAUAAGAAAAAUGAAACAAAAUCGGAACGUUCGAUCAAUUUUAUUAUUAAAACCGAACCCGUGAACGGAUUAUCGUGCGAUAUUGCUCGCCAACAAAACGUAUUCCAGAUCGAAUUGAAAGUUUUACAAGAUAUUCUACCGAGAAUACAGGAAUUUAUCUCUUGUCAAAUUGGACCGAAUUUAUUAUACUCUUCUGAUAAUCCACCAUUUCUCAUUAUGGAGAAUUUAAAAGACAGAGGAUUUAUAAUGAAAGAUCGUCAAAAAGGAUUAUCACGUGAACAUUGUUGUUUACUUAUAAAACAAAUUGCUAGAUUACACGCUGGAUCUGUUGCAAUUUUUGAAAAGGAUCCGGAAUUAAUUGGAUUUUUCAAAGAUGGUGGCAUCGUGUCGGUUAAAUGUCCUCAAAUUUUUAUACGAAUGAUGGAAGUAAGCCUUUUACGGAUAGGUAAUCAGAUACAAAAAUGGUCAGAUGAAAAGUGUGCAUCUGCAGCGAGCAAGUUAAUAAAAUCAGCAGAAACUAUCGGAUCACGAUGUAUGGAUGUCUAUAAUUAUGAUACGAACGAAUUCUGUGUAUUAAAUCACGGAGAUUGUUGGAUCAAUAAUAUGAUGUUUAAAGAAAAUGAGAAAGGCCAACCUAUCGAUGUUUUAUUGGUUGAUUAUCAAAUGUCUGUUUAUACAUCUCCAGCUAUCGAUUUAUUAUACUUUUUGAAUAUUUGUCCGGAAAUUGAUAUAAAAUACGAUAACGAUGAUUAUUUCCUCGGGAUAUAUUUAGACACUUUAAAGGAAACUAUGAAAAAUAUAGAUUGCAAAAGAAAACCACCGACGAUGAGAGAAUUAAAAGAAGCGUUGUAUAAAAGAAAGAUAUACGCUGUUUUUGCUGGAAUCGUGCUUAAUUUACGAAUGCUGGCAAAUAAAGAAGAUACCGAGGAUUUUGACGAUUUAUUUGGCAAGUUAGGUGAAACUAAAAUGAAUGUUUUCAAAAGUCCAGACGCGGUGAAAUUAGCUCAAAAAAUGAUUCCAAUCAUGAAUGAAAGAGGUUACUUCGAUUGAAAAAAACGUAUUUGAGAUAAUAUUAAAAGAAGAGAAAAUCUCUAAAAUUUUAAUUCUCUAUAAAUAAAAUUUUUUAAGAAAAAAGAAUUUUAAUUGAUACAAACAAUUGACCAAUAUUUGAGAUAAAUUUAUGAAAUUUAGAGAUCAAUAAAUAUUAUUUUUAUUUUUAAUAA